AAUACUUCAAUGCGAAGACGUAUGCUACUCAACUCGAUUUAUUCGCUGGUAUCUUGGUGACAGCUGUUUGUUCUUUGAGUAUAGUGUUCUGUUUUAAGAUUUUGGUCUAGCUGUAUUUAUUAUGUCUGCACGAGAAAAUAACCUCGCGUCAAAAACAUUGGUUUGCUUGCUCCAAAGUUUAGUGGGUAUAGAAAGUGAUGUUACCGUUGACUUUAGGGAUGAGACAUCAGUAAGCGGUAAAGUAGUAGCCGUAGAUGGUUACAUGAAUGUGGAGAUGGAAGAUUGUACUUAUGAAGCACCAACUGGACAGACUAUAGAGAUUAAAAAGCACAUGUGCCAAGGAAAAUAUAUUAGAUAUGUCCACAUUCCAGAUGAAGUCGAUCCUAUUGCAGCUAUAGAAGAUCGCCUGCAAAUACUAGCUCAAGCCCCUCCAAAGGGGCGAGGACGUGGUCGGGGGCGUGGUGGCAGAGGAAGGGGGGGUAGAGGAGGAGGUCACUUUAGCCGAGGUGGUGGUGGGGGUAGCUCCAGAUAUGGUGGUGAUUACCGAGGUGGUGGUGGGGGUAGCUCCAGAUAUGGUGGUGAUUACCGCGGUGGUAGUGCAGGUAGCUCCAGAUAUGGUGGUGAUCACCGCAGUGGCAGUAGCAGCAGAUAUGGUGGUGAUCAUCACAGUGGCAGUAGCUACCACAGUGGUGGUUCUUAUGCUGGUAGCAGCAGCCGUUAUGAUCGCUCAAGAUAUUAAACUUUGGAUCAUUAUAUACAUACAUUAUCUCUCAUUCCACUUUAUUGUAAACUUUUGAAAAUAAUCUUAAGUUGUCAUUGUAUAUCUUUUCAUUUUGAAGUCAUGAGCCAUGCAUUCUAAUGGUUGUAUAAUUUUUCUUUAUUGUGGUUAAUCCUUUUUUUUUAUGAAUAAUCAAUAAAUG